CAUCCCACAACCUCACCAUCAAUCCACCAAACGAUCAACAACCCACAAAAUCAACUCACCAAAAACUGCAAUGUUCCGCUUCCGCAAAACCCUCGACGUCCUAACCCUCUUCCACGCCCCCGCCUCCGCCGCUUCAAAGCGCAUCCUCGAAACCCUACGCUCUAGCCCAGCAGCGCACAAAAAGUCCUUUGAGCUCGACGUCGUUGAGGCGCCCACGGUACCGACGCCAACGCAGCUGGCGUCGAUACUGGAGUUCACCGGGAAGAGCAGGGUUGGGGAGGUGGUCCCUGGUGCGAGGAGCGAAGACGAUGCGGCGAGGAUGCUUAAGGUUGAGGAGGAGGGAGGGGCAGGGAGGAUGGUUAGGCCGCUUCUGGUCGAUUGGAAUAAUGGACGGGCGGUGGUCGGGGGGGAUGAAGGUGCCGUUUUGAGGUUGUUGGAGACGUUGCCGGGGAGUUAAGGGUUGGAGGUGGGUGGUAUUUGUGGCGUGCUGGUGUGCUGGUAUGCUGGCGGAGUGGUUUGGGUCUUGUCUUGCAAGUCGAGGGCUGUUCUCCCGUCUGUUUUCGCUUCGAAAGUGUUGCCGUCGACCUACUGUGCAUGGUAACACGAUUAGUAGCUAAGGUCAUGUUCAGAGAGGUGGGGGGUCAUAUGGGAGCUUUCUGGUCCUAUUGAAACCACAAA